GCUGAACCGCUAGAUAUUGGGAAAGAAGGCAUUCAGUUGUGAAUGCGUCGUUAGCUGUUUGUUAAAGUGUUUGUUGUGGUAGGGCGUUUGUUUGAAUGGGAGGGGGGAGGUUUGUGUGCCCCCCCUUUAUGCGGCCAUUGAACGCUGCUUUUCUUGGGGAGGAAGGGUGUGUGGCGUUUGUGCCGACUGGGAAAAGAGCCGCAUUUUUUUUUUUUUUUUUUUAAUGGGAGUGCCAACUGAACACGAGCCCGUUACUGAUGUGAUGUUUUGUUGCCAAAACUGAACCCUGCGCCUCUGUCGUGGACGUCUACAGCCCCAGAGUGAAGUGGCAGUGUCAUCUGACCUUUAACCUCAAUAGAAAGAAGGAAAAGCCACUUCAGAGAUGGAGCAGGUAUCUGAUGAUGAGUUGGACCAUGGAGCAGAGGAAGACAGUGACAAGGAGGACCAGGACCUGGACAAGAUGUUUGGAGCCUGGCUGGGAGAGCUGGACAAGCUCACACAGAGUCUGGAUGAUGGCAGGCCGCAGAAACCACUGCAGAAACCUCCUCUCAGGCAGGAGACGAACAUGGCCAACUUUUCCUACCGCUUCUCAAUGUAUAACAUAAAUGAGGCGUUGAACCAAGGCGACACAGUGGACCUGGAUGCCCUGAUGGCUGACCUGUGCUCCAUCGAGCAGGAGCUGAAUACCAUUUCCAAACCAAACUCAACUUCUCGCAGCCAGAGCAAAGGCCAGCAGAGGGCAGCUGGAGGGCGCAGUGCUAGCACUAAGCACACAGGCACCAGUGGAGGAGGAAGCAGCGGAGGAAGUGCGAGCAGCAGUACUCGAGCAUCACCGGCCAACACGGUACGAGGUGGCAGCGCCACUGCUCGCCCCGCGGCCUCCAACAUCUCCCUCGAUGACAUCACCUCUCAGCUAGAGAAGGCCUCCCUGAGCAUGGAUGAAGCAGCACGUCAGACGUCCUCCUCUUCCUCCUCCUCGUCCUCAUUUUCCUCCAGCACCAUCCGGCGGCCCUCGUCCGGAUCGUCCGGCGGCGGAGGGCAGCAUCGGAGGACUGGUUCGGUCGGUGCCGUCACCGAGCAGGACGCACCAUCUCAGCGGUCAAGUGUGAACUCAGCAUGUGCCUCAGCUUCGAGCAUGGACUCCCUGGAUACGGAUAAAGUGACAGGAGGAGAGGUGGAGAGACAGGGCAGCCCAACCUCACAAGGACAAAACCAAACCAAUACAGAGCAUGUCACGCUACGACGAGUCAACAGUAAGUCGGCCAGACGGCAGCUUGACUUCACCUCGCGAGAGGGUGAAGUGGAUCGGGCCACCCACUCCUAUCUGGACCAAGAAACCUCGCUCAUUCUGAAAAGCAUAGCUGGAAAGCCUUCUCACCUCCUGACCAAGGAGGAGCAAGCUGCCAAACUGAAGGCGGAGAAGAUCAGAGUCGCCCUGGAGAAAAUCAAGGAGGCACAAGUCAAAAAGCUGGUGAUCAGGGUCCACAUGUCCGACGAGAGCUCAAAGACCAUGAUGGUGGACGAGCGGCAGACAGUCAGGCAGGUGCUAGACAGCCUGCUGGAUAAGUCCCACUGUGGCUACAGCCCUGACUGGUCUCUGGUGGAAACCAUCACUGAGCUGCAGAUGGAGCGCAUUUUUGAGGACCACGAGAACCUGGUGGAGAAUCUGCUAAACUGGACCCGGGACAGCCACAACAAGCUCAUGUUCAUAGAGCGCAUUGAGAAAUAUGCCCUCUUCAAGAACCCUCAGAACUAUUUGCUGGGGCGGAAGGAGACAUCAGAAAUGGCCGACAGGAACAAAGAGGCUUUAUUAGAGGAAUGUUUCUGCGGUGGCUCAGUGUCUGUGCCAGAGAUCGAGGGCAUCUUGUGGCUCAAAGAAGAUGGGAAAAAGUCAUGGAAGAAGCGUUACUUCCUCCUCAGGGCUUCGGGGAUCUACUACGUCCCCAAAGGCAAAGCCAAGGCAUCCAGAGAUCUCGUGUGCUUCCUGCAGUUGGACCAUGUUAACGUGUAUUACGGGCAGGACUACCGCAGCAAAUACAAAGCUCCCACUGACUACUGCCUGGCCUUGAAGCAUCCACAAAUCCAGAAGAAGUCCCAGUACAUCAAGUAUCUGUGCUGCGAUGAUGUGAGGACGCUGCACCAGUGGGUGAAUGGAAUCCGCAUCGCAAAGUAUGGGAAGCAGCUGUAUUUGAACUACCAGGAAGCCAUGAAGAGGACAGAGGCAGCCUACGAUUGGUCCUCUCUCUCUACGUCUAGCAUCAGAUCUGGCUCCAGCUCCGCCAGCAUACCCGAGUCCCAGUCGAAUCAUUCGGGCCAUUCUGACAGCGGGGUGGACACGGGCUCCUCUCACGGGCGUUCCCAGAGCGUGGUGAGCUCCAUAUUUUCAGAGGCCUGGAAGAGGGGUACCCAGAUUGAGGAAAGCUCAAAGAUGAGAAUGGAGGCGUCCAGAGGGGCCACGCUGCCGCACGGUUCCCACAGCCACCGGCAUCACAGCCAGCAUUCAGUUGACCACUCAGCCCUGACGCCGCCUCCACAGCAGCCUCAGGCGCAGCCUCUAUCACGGCCUCAGUCUCAGCCCCACCCCCAGCAGCAGCAGCAGCAGCAUCCCCCACAGCAUCAGCACCCAUUGGUGCAACCCCAGAUGCCAAUUCAGCUGCAGCAGCAGCAGCAGCACCCGCUUCCCCAGCAUCCGUCUCCUCAGGAGGCAGUUCCGCCACCGCCACCACUGCAGGCAGCACCACCACCACCGCUACAACCACCACAGUCUGCUCAACUACAUCAACAGCAGCUGCAGAAGCAGCAACAGUCACAGGCCUUCAGCAACUACAACCACAUGCCCCCACAGGAGCAGCAGCAGCAACCAGCUCCCGCACCCCCUCCCCCUCCCCCUCCCCCACCUCCACCACCGCCUCCCCCACCCCCUCCACCAGUCCAGACGGUGUCAUAUCAGUCACCGGCUCUCACAAUGUACAAGUACAGCACCAUCACCAGGCUGCAGAACCAGAAAGGAGGCAAGAUACCUUUUCACCUCCCUGCUACAGCCCAGCAGGUUCUGCCCACGACUCCACCACCUGCAUUGCAGCCCAUCAAACCAAACGUCAAUCACAUUGCCGCAAGGACUAAUGUGCCCCCGCCUCCUCCACCACCACCUCCCCCUCCCCCGUCCAUGCCAACCCCCGGGUCUGCCAUGGCUGUGCUGAAACUGGGCCCACCCAGUCCGGCUACUCCACCGGCUUUCAUCCCUCCACCCCCAGUUCCUCCGCCUGCUCCACAGACCAAUGGAAUUGCAUUUCCUCCCCCGCCGCCGCCCCCACCACCACCAGCUAUUGCAGCUGCUCCCGCGAGCCAGCCUGUAUACCACAGUGGACUUAAGCAAGCGCUGAAGGAGCGGUUUCCCAGCCCGCCACGGGACCUCCCGUCUCCAAACGGCGGACUUGAGGAUUCCCCACCACCUGCCCCCACGCCACCACCCCCGCCUCCUCCGCCUCCGCCACCACCGCCACCGCCUCCUCCUCCUCAACAGUUCCAAGUACCGGCCCAGUUUCCACCUCCUCCCGCACCCCUGGCAGCACCACUGAAAAACUUUAACCCAGGCUUUCUCCCUCAUACUGCUCCCAAGCCCAUGUCACCAGUCUCCCCUUUCCCUCCUGCCCCGCCUCCUGCCACAAUGAGUUGCCCGACCCCAGCUCCACCACCACCCCCUCCUCUACCUGCACCCCUUAAGAAGCAGUUCAGCCUCCAGACAGGCCACACCUCCACCCAACCCCCUCCAACUCUGCCUAAGCAGCAUAGUUUGUCCAAGCCAGCAACCAUUUCCACAGGAGCCCCUCCCACCAUGUCUCUGGUGAAACAGCUAGCCAGUCAGUUCCCAGGAGCUUCAUCCCAAGCAGCCGAGCCUUCGAAAGCCCCACUCUCUCCACCUGCAGUUAAAACCAAACCAAAAUGGCAGCCUGGGGGUGGCCAGCAGCUGCAGUCUCCCGAAUUCCCUCCUCCUCCUCCAGACAGCAACACCGGCUUCCCUGCUCAACCACCACCUCCCCCACCUCCUCCUCCACCUCCCCCAGCACCAGUCACAGGUCCGACGCCACCUCCUCCUCCCCUUCCUUCUGGAAACAUGGGCUCCCCCAUAAAGAGGUCACCCUCUGGUUCCUCUAAUUUUGGAGGCAAGAAACCUCCUCCCACCCCCCAGAGGAACUCCAGCAUCAAGUCCAAUGCCUCAAACUCCUACGAGGAAUCCAGGAGAAAUUUGCUCAGCAAGUUUGCUCCCCAAGGCAACACUGCCCCUCCCUCCUCAUGUCCUCCCUCCAAUGGCUCGCCUUCAAAGGAGCCCUCAAAUGGACCCCCUGCUCCCCCAAAACCAGGAAAGCUCAACCUGGCUAACCUGCCCCUGGCACUGCAGGGCAAGGUAAGCCAGGCAAAGCAGUCUAGUGGCGACUUCCCUUCCCCACCUCCUGAGUGCUCCUACUUCCCACCUCCUCCACCUGCCUCCGAGCUCUUCCCCCCUCCACCACCUCCAGGUAAUGACGCCCCUACGGGCGGACCUCCUCGAGUAGCAGUGGUGAAUCCCCAGCCCCAGGCUCCUCCUCCUCCACCACCCAUCUCCCUCGUCAGUAACUCAACAUGGGGAAAGAGCUCACUGAAAAAGACUCCUCCGCCCACGCUCGGGCGGCGUAGUAACAACACCCCAGAACCACCUCCGCUCUCACCACCUCCACCCACUUCCCCAAAAGGUAGCUCAGGCCAGCCCAACUUCUUGGAGGAUCUGAACAGGACACUGAGGCGAAAGUCAGUGGGACGCCAGGGCUCCGCCAACUCCGCCAGCCUCUCGGGCAAGUUAGACCCCGCGGGGACCAUGGACGACAUGGCGCUGCCCCCGCCGCCUCCUGAGCUGCUCCUGGACCAAGGAAAGCAAAGCAACGGAGGAAACGGUGGCUAUAUGUCCGGAAACAUCUCAGGCUAUGCAACACUACGACGAGGACCCCCUCCCGCCCCACCCAAAAGAGGGGAUGGCACCAAGCUUACUGGAUAGUAGUUGAACUUGUCUAUAAGGACACAAUGAAGACGAAUGAAUAGACAAUGAAAUAAUAUACUGAAGUAAAAAUGCAUUAGUGGAAUACUCUUCUCUUCUCCUGGGGACACAAUAAUAAAUGACUGUGUAUAUACUAAAAGCCAAACCAGACCAUCUUCAAUUAGUGUUUGCUAAUUCUUCAUUUUUUUAUUGCUUGGCUUUCUGGACGAGUGAGGUUUACAAUACUGGGACACUUUAGACUCAAACAGGUUAAGUUGGAGGUGUCUAAACUAUCCAACCUCUCUGGAACAUGAAGUUUUUGCCCCGUACGGUAUAACCCCACUUGUCUGGUACACCAAGCAGCUCUGAGUAAACACUAAUAAUAAGACUUUGUGCAAAUAUUACUGGAUCCAGGUCUGAGCCAAAUCAUGCAUCUGCUUCUUUGCCACAAGUUUGUGCCACGUUACUGGAGACGCAACACAGAAAACAACAAAAACUCAUCAUGAUCUCUCUGCUUUGGUACUGCAUGGACAACAUGUAAACAACAAGCUGUAAAACAUGAAGCUGUGUGUGUGUGUGUGUGUGUGUGUGUGUGUGUGUGUGUGUGUGUGUGUGUGUGUGUGUGUGUGUGUGUGUGUGUGUGUGUGUGUGUGAGAGAAAGAAAUGGACUGAACGUGCAUCCAUGCAUUGAGUGCAUGCAUGCGUAUGGUGGUAGUACUUAAUCAUCAUUAGGGAAGGCCUUCAUGGAACAGGGAUUGUCAGGUUUGCUUUUAUAUAAAAUUAUUUAAAGAUUGGUAAAUGGAAGGAUUUUUUUUUAUAUGUAUAAGUGUCUUUUAAAUAGAUUAAAGCCUAGAGAGGAGGAGAUCAACAUUAGCGCACAAUGGAAUGUAUCUGGAAGAAAAGAAAGGCAAUGAUUCAGUAAAGUCUUUUGUCUCAAGCAUUUCUAGACUGUUUCACCACUUGACAAAUGCAAAUCAGAAGGAAGCCUUACUCUUAAAGUCUUGCACAGAGGUCAAAACAGAAAGGAAGUAUCUUCCAAAGGUUUCCAAAAAAAAAAAAAGCAUGGACUGUGCAGCUGGAUUUAAAUUAAUGCAAAACUUGUACUGGACUUUGUAGAAAAGGAGAGAGGAGGAGGAGGAGGAGGAGGUCUGUGAUGGUGUAUCUUCGUGGACUGUGCGAGUUCCCUGUGUGCUGGCUUGAUUUCGGACCUUAUCCUUCAGUUUGUAUCUGUACAGUUGCAGCUGCUGCUCCGUUACCGUUGGUUCCCCCACCGCCUUCUUAAGUUCACCGUCCAGAAGGUGGCGAGCACCGACUGGAUUCAGCCACGUGAAGUAUCGAAAGAGAGAUGCAUUUUAUCCAGUUAAUGUACAGAGCGUCGAAUCAUGUAGUUUAUUAUAACACGAAUCAUCUGAAUGUUCAAUUCAACUUUGUGUCUAGGGAAUCUGGUUUCCUCGUGGUGCCAUUGCUGCUCCAUCUCUUGGUGCACAGGGUCAGAGGUUAUCUAGGGGGUCGACUAUGAAGGGUUUCCAUUUCUAGCAGCGAUGCCUUCGUUUUUAGGGUGCUAGUGCUGUCCUUUGACAUGUCCGUGUGUGCCAGGAUGACAUAUCAUGAAUAUUUCAGAUCAUUUAGACUGGCUUUGGUGUGGGGUGGUGUUGAUUCCAUACAAGGCCUUGAAGACAGUGUAUCUUUUUUUUUUUUUCUUAUAACUGAACGUCAUUGUCCUUACCGGGAUGUUUGCUGCAGUACAGUAUGUAAGUUAUAUCGAUGUGCUGAGGCGAACACGUGGGGCCAGAUGAAGAAAAAUGUUUGCAGAUGAGAGUAAAUGUUUCCUCUUGCAUAUAAACUGAAAAUCUCAAUAUAAAUGUUUAAACCAGACCUCAA